AAAUCAUGCUCUAGCUCUCGCCGUCACUAUGGGAAAGGCAUAGCUCUUCCACAUUCUCCAGUUGCGUUGCGAGUACCUCCGAGUCCCCUUCCUGGAAUUUAGUCCGCGUUCGGCUUGUCGUCUCCGUCUGGUUUUAGUGCACUCGCCUGUCGUCGACAGUGCUGGUCCGGUUCUAGUGUGUUCGACUAGUUCUCUGUGUUGCUCAGUGCUGCUUCGUGCUGCUCCGAGCUGUUCCGAGCUGCUCCGAGCUCCUCCGUGCUGCUCCGUGCUGCUCCGUGCUGAUCCGAGCAGCUCUGUGCGGCAUGGGCGUGGAGACGGCGCGUGUGGUGCGCAGCGAGUUGGUGGAAGGGCUGCUGAGGGAGCUCAUCUGCGUCUUCUGCACGGACCUCGUCGACCCCACUGACGCCCUCCAGGCUGCAUGUGGACAUGUGUUCUGCACGCCGUGUGUGCAUGAAGCCAUUGAGAAGAAAUGCGUGUCAUGCCCCAUGGACAAGUCGCCAUUUCAAGAGCAGCUCCGUCCCUUGAGGGAAGCAAACCCAAUCGUUUUUCGCCAGCUUGGAAGCACGGAGGUCCGGUGUGUGAACUAUGCGGAUGGGUGUGGGUGGAGGGGGGAGCUGCUGGAUGUGAAGCAGCACAUGCUGCAGUGCAAGGGAAAGCCCCGACACUGCCAGUGUUGCUCGUCUGCUAAAGCCGACCUGCGACGGGCCAAGGAGCUGAUAGUGGGGUACGAGCACCUGGUGGCGGACCUGCAAGGGGAGAUCCAAGCCCUCAGCGAGGAGGUGGGGGCGCUCAAGGGGCAGGUGCAGGAGAAAGCACGACUGCUGCUGGCAGCAGGAGGAGCGGACCUGGCUGGGGCUGUGAGAAGCCUUCAGGUGGGAUCUCAGGUGGGAUCUCAGGUGGUGUCUCAGGCGGGGUCUCAGGAAAAAGCCGAACCUCCUUACAAGGCGCCCCAGCAUAAUGCUAAAGGAAGCUCUAGACCAAGACCAGUUUUAGCAGCUGCGGCAGCAGUAUCAGCAGCUGCAGCAGCAGCAGUAUCAGCAGUAACAUCAGCAGCAGCAGAAGCCGUAUCUUCGAAGAAAGCUGCUGCUUCGCCGUCCCCUCACACCCUCUCUUCCCGCUCAUUCACCUCAAGGUCUCAGACGGCUCUAGUCAGGCAGCCCUGGCAGGGGGGUUUUCUUGUGGGCAGCCUCCCGGGUCACACGGACCGCGUAACCAAAAUCAUCGUCUGCCCGAGAGGCGAUAUCAUAUUCUCGGGCAGCCUGGACGGCACGAUUCGUCUCUGGCGGCGGAAUCAGAUCUCGGCCCAUCUGCUGGAUACGAUUCUGUGCCGCGGUGGGGGGGGUGGGGGGGGUGGUGGGGGUUGGGAUAGUGAUACCGGCAGUGGUGAAUAUAGGGCAAACGAUCAUGGACCCGCUGCUGCUGUGUUUGACUUGGUCUUGGACCCCGUGUCUGGCACUCUGUUUUCGUGCAGUGAGGAUGGUAUGAUCCGAAUGUGGAGGGAUGGGAGGUGCGUGGGGUGCACUGGGUGCAGGAGAGGCAGGGAGAGUGGGCGAGGGGGAGGAAGAGGAGGGGGAGGAGGGGGAGUGGGGGAUGGGGAGGGGGAAUUCGUGUUUGGGUCGCUGCCGCUGCGCAUGGCAUGGCAUGACGGCGUGCUGCUGGUGGCAUUCAGUGAUGGGGAGGUGAGUGCCUGGGCGGUCGUGGAUGAUGCUCCUACGUGGGAUGGUAAUGCACAGGGGCAGCAGCAGCAGCAGCAGCAGCAGGGGAGGGGGCACACAGGGAUGGGCGUGUUGCGUCGUGUGGGUGUGCUGCGCGCCGGCACAACAAGCCCAUCCCACUCCAGCAGCAGCGGCACAAGCGGGAGGGUCAGCGGCAGGACGGGCAGCAGCGGAAGCAAUGGCAGCAGGGAAUGGGACUGGGACCAUGACCACAAUGCCGGUGGUGGUCGGGGGGGUGAUGGCACCAAUGCUUCUCCCUUCAAGCAUGGCUUUGCCGAUGUGGUAACCGCACCCGACGGCACCAUCUACUUCACAUCCAAUCACGAACAGGCAAGGCAAAGCAGUGGCAACAGGAGCGGCAGUGGGAGCAGGGGAGCGGAGGAGCCGGAAUUCCCCAUCUGUGUCUACAGAGGCGGUGCAGUGGCAGCCUCUCUCCUGGGCCACAAGGCCCAGGUGGUUUCACUUGCUAUCGGCCCGCCCCUUCUCUUUUCCGGCGACAGUAAUAGCAGCAGCAGCAGCAGCAGCAGCAGCAGCGGCGGUGGCAAGGGUGGUGCGGGAUCCUGUCCCUAUUUUGCAGCCGGCCCUACUCUCUAUUCUCUCUCGCUCGAUGGAGAGGUGAGGAUCUGGAGUGGCGGGAAGUGUGUGGACGUCCAGCGUGAUUGGGCGGCAAGGAAUUGUCUUGUAGUAGGCCCAGAUUCGGCUGUUUAUUGCCCUGGAGGUGGAAAAUACACUGGCAGUGGUGGUGCUGGUGGUGGUGGGUUUGAGGGUUGGGGAGGGAAUGACAGUCCUGGCAAGGGGAUUACCUUUGCAUGGCACGGACGGCGUCUUUUGGCAGCUUUCGAGGAUGGGAUGGUGUCGGGAGGGGAGGAGGUGUGUACAGUGGCAUUGGGAAGGGAUGGCACGCUGUACUGUGGAGAGAAGAGGGGGGCGAUCAGGGUGUGGCAUGCUAGCGAGGACUAGGUGGUUGCGGAUGUGUUGUGGGUGCGAUCAGGAUGGCACCCUGUGUUGUGGGGAGGAGGGAGGGGCAAUAGAGGGGCGGGGUACUCAGGGUGUGGCAUGCAGGAGAGGACUACGUGUUGUGGGUGUGUUGUGGGUGUGAUCAGGAUGGCACCCUGUGUUGUGGGGAGGGGCAAUUGGAGGGGCAAUUGGAGGGGCAAUUGGAGGGGCGGGGUACUCAGGGUGUGGCGUGCUAGUGAGGACUAGGUGUGUGGGUGGCAUGCUAGUGAGGAUUAGGUUGUUGGAGGUGUGGUGUAAGCACUGCAUAGAGAUAGGUGUGGGUGGGUGGCAUGCUAGUGAGGACUAGGUGGUGGUUGGUGUGGUGAAUGCAAAGGAGAGAAUAAUGGGGAUGGUGCAAAGUGAGAGUGUGCGGUGGCAUUGGGAAGGGAUGGCGUCAUUGCACACUCAAUCGCGAAGAGUAGAGGCAGUGGGGGUUGGUUAGGGCAUGGCAUGCUAGGGGUGUUCCUGGAAAUUGCGUGCUCGUUUAAGUAUGAUUCGGCAGCAAUGUAGAGUAAUUUUCGGUGGCAAUACUUCGAGGCAAUUGAGCAAGUGCAUUGCAUUCUAUAAUGGUGUAUAACUCAAAUUGUGAGUAAUCUC